AUGUCCAACCUACGACGCUCAGGCGACGCAUCGAUGCAUUGUCUUGCUUUUCAGGCCUUUCUCGAGGAUGAUCCACGCUUUAUGGAAUUUUUGCUCGCAGUCAACGAUAAUAUCUUGAUGGGCGAUAUCAAAUCAGAUCCCAACGCGCAACUGUCCUGGAUGAUGCCAAAGACCCAGGAAUAUUACAAAUUUAAAGGCAAGUUUUACAUUGCCUCUGCACCGAUUCAGGUCACUCGAUUUCCGCCUCCCAAUGUUACGGAUCAUGCCUCCUCUGCCUCACAGUAUUGGGAAGAUGAACGUCAGAGACAAUGGAAAGCGCUCGAUCCAGCCGUCCGCGCCACAUUCACAUGGCCGUCCCGAGGCGAAGUCCCGAAAAUGGAUCCCAAAGCCUUUGCCUGCCAGCGACUCGAAUUUCCUGCAGACACCACGGCGUCCAGCGACCAGCUCCUCCAUGGUAUUGCUAUGGACAACUUUUGCCUUCUCGUUUUCAAGAUAAUCCAAGUGGAACACUUUGACCACGUGACGUUUCCGCCCCAAAGAAAGGUAAUCACUCCAGCUUCUCAACAAGUUAAUAUUAAUCAACUGAACAGGCUUCCAACUUGUAUAGAUUUAUACGUAUGA